CAAGUGUGGGGCUUGGGCUAAGGUUCUUGUCUCACUGUACUUCAUGGCAAUGACUUGUAAUACGGGCGGGCUCCAGAAGCAGGGUGGGACGGACGUGGCCGUGGACUUGUACCUGGCCAUCCUGCUGCUCUUCACUGUCCUGGCCCUCAUCCUCGCCUCCGUCUUCAUGAGGCUGCGGGGAGCCGAGGGGGAGCGGCCCCGGGAGCUAGCGGCGGCCGAAGCGGCCCAGGAGAGCGGCCCCGGGGACCAAGCGGCGGCGGGAGCGGGGCCGGAGGCCAGCAGGGAGUGGCAUCCGGUGGAGGAGGUCGGGGCGGUCGAAGAGCAGAAGGAGGCGGCUGCUGAGCAGUGGGAAGAGGCGGCUGCUGAGCAGUGGGAGGAGGCGACGGAGGAGCCGAGCCCCCCGGAGGAGCCGAGCCCCGCGACGGCCGAGAGCAUUCCCCGGAAGCUGCCCGCCAAGCACCAGGAGGAUGCGGAGAGCAAGAUAUCCCCUUUGGGAGCCUCAGCUAGGUCCAGCCUCGGGCACCCGGGACAAGUGGAGGGCGCAGGAGACCACACAGCAUUUCCCAGCAAGGCAGAGGAGGAAGAUCUGGACUCAGAAAAAGAGAAGCUGGUGGUGGAAUAGCUGGCAAGCACAGCAGCUACACCAGCCCCAGUGACAAGUACAGCAGCA